AUGAGAGCGUGUACCAACGCCGACUGUGCCAACUACUUUAUCUUGGAGAGCCAGCACACCAUCUCACAGUUCGCCGAGAAAAUCCACCAGAAGCCCAAGGAGGCGCAGGACAAGUUCUUCCAGCUGCUGGAGUUCGUGGUGUUCCAGCUGAACUAUGUGCCGGUCAAGGAGCUGAUCUCCUGCAGUAUCCUGCUGAAGUCGCACGUGUCGCUGCCCUGCAGCCAGCGUUGCGUCGAGUCGUUGCUCUCCAUACUCAGGUUCAGCCCGCUGUUCAAGGACGUGUUCCGAGAGGUGGGCAUCCUGGAGGUGUUCGUGCAGUGUCUGGCGCGCUACGCCGACCUGCUCAAGUCGCAGCAGCAGACCGAGGAGGACGGAGACGUGUAUGAUCUACCUGAGCCGCAGUCGGCACUGGGCCGCCGCGUCAUGGAGACCGUCUCGGUGCUGCUGGCCGGCAGCGCCGCCAACGCCGCCGUCUUCCGCGAGUCCGGCGGCUCCCAGCGCGUCCACGAGAUGAUCGUGUACCCGGACUGUUCCCAGCUGGCGCUCGGCAUUCUGCAGCAGCUGAUGCUGUGCGCGGGCGGCGAGGACGAGAUGGGCACGGUGCUCGCCUUCAUGAACAACGCCCCGUUCAGCCAGAUCGGUCUCAAGAUCGACAUACUGAAGUCGCUGCUCGGCUGCCUGCGCGACUCGCACCGCACGCGCACCAUGUUUCCGCAGGGCCUGGCGUUUCUCUGA